AUCCGAUUUAUCUUUCCCACUAACCAUCUUUCCAACAAUAAUUUUACGGAUUCCUUUCGAACAAUGCCUGCUUGGUUGUUUCAUCGUAUCGUAGUUAGUACUUUCAUACUUUAAAUACCUAAGUAAACUCACUAGCCGGAACGUAUAUUCCUCCCAGUCUUGGCCUUUUAAAACUUUCUCCUCGUAGUCAAUAUAUAACUCCGACCGGCUGGCUCCCUUGUAAGUCUCGCACUUUUAGCCAGCUCCACGAUUCACGAUCUUCAUCUCCGAUAGUGCCUAGACACAUCGACAGUUCUGUUGGGGCUCCUAGUCAACCCCUUAGACUAGUUAUCAGCUAUCUUUAUAAACUGCUCUGUUCCCACACCUUUUUCUUCUUCUCUUAACUUCUAUAUUCUCUAUAACUAUCCUAUUCUCUAUUCUCCAUAGCCUCCUCUACUGUCAUAGACAUUACAUCCCAAACCGAGCCAGUCUCUGAAACUAACUGUGCUCAGUCUGGUUCAAGUUUUCUUCCAUUAACGUAAUCUCAGCCUUAUAAUACCGUCAUAAUGGCUCCUGAUAUUAAUUCUCUGCCACGGUCAGAACCUAGUUCAGAUGUCAACCGCCAAGCAGCUCCACCGGUGGUCAAUGGCGUUAAUGGCACCAACGGCUCUUCUGAGAAACAACCUAAUAUUCUCUUCCUCAUGGCAGAUCAGUUAGCUGCUCCGUUACUCAAGAUAUACAACUCGGAAUCUCAAAUCAAGACCCCCAACCUUGACGCCUUAGCAGCCAAGUCCGUCCAGUUCGACUCUGCAUACUGCCCCUCUCCCCUCUGCGCUCCCUCUCGUAUGAGUUUGAUAUCUGGUCAACUGCCCAUGAAAAUUGGUGCGUACGACAAUGCCUCGCAGAUCGGAAGCGAUGUGCCCACUUAUGCUCAUUAUCUGCGCCUGAAGGGCUAUCACACUGCUUUGGCCGGCAAGAUGCAUUUCGUGGGGGACCAGCUUCACGGUUAUGAAACUCGUCUCACCAGCGAUAUUUACCCUGGCGACUUUGGCUGGGCUGUCAAUUGGGAUGAGCCUGAUAGGCGGUUGGAGUGGUAUCACAACGCGAGCUCUAUCCUCCAAGCCGGCACUUGUGUGCGAAGCAACCAAUUAGACUAUGAUGAGGAGGUCAUGUACCGGUCAACUCAGUUCCUCUACGACCAGGUCCGUGAAGGGCCAGACUCGAGGCCGUUCUGCUUGACAGUCUCUCUCACCCACCCUCACGACCCGUACACCAUUGAGGAAAAGUACUGGGAUCUCUACGAAGACGUAGACAUUGAGUUGCCUAAAGUCAGGAUUCCCAAAGAGGAACAGGAUGCCCACAGCAAGCGGCUGAUGAAGGUGUGCGACCUCUGGGACGAGGACUUUACAGAUGAUCAAAUUAAGCGAGCUCGAAGAGCAUACUACGGUGCGGUUAGCUACGUUGACGACUGCAUUGGGCGUAUUCUUCGCGUGCUCAAAAACUGCCGACUUGAUGAGAACACCAUCGUCGUUUUCAGCGGGGAUCACGGUGACAUGCUUGGAGAACGUGGGUUAUGGUACAAGAUGAGCUACUUCGAGUCGUCAGUACGAGUACCCCUCUUGAUCUCCGACCCUCGGCGCUUCACCCCCCAUCGCGUGAAGCAGAAUGUGUCAACUUUAGAUAUUCUCCCGACGUUGUGCGACCUCGUCGGUACUAAGCCUAUUCCCGGUUUACCCAUGGAUGGUCUUUCACUUCUCCCCCACUUAGAGGGGAGAGAGGGUCACGACACCGUGAUUGCCGAGUAUACGGGUGAAGGAACCAUUAGCCCAUACAUGAUGAUUCGACGUGGUCCUUGGAAGUACAUUACGUGCCCAACAGACCCGCCGCAACUCUACAACCUCGAACGUGACCCCCUCGAGCUUGUUAACCUAGCACAGCUCGUUAAUAAGAAGGAGGCACUUACUGCCGAGGAAGAGGAGGCGAAAGAAAAGUUCGAGAAGUUCGAAAUUGAGGCUAAGGCCCGAUGGGACUUCGAUGCCAUCACGCAACAAGUACUACUAUCACAACGGACACGAAGACUUGUGUGGGGUGCUUUGAACAAGGGCAAGUUCGAACCGUGGGAUUAUAACCCCAGCGACAAUGGCACUUCAAAAUAUAUCCGAUCUUUCUUACCCCUCGACGACCUGGAGCGUCGUGCUAGAUACCCCCCUGUAGACAAGUACGGCCGGGAGACCGGAAGAGUCACUAUAGAUCAGGCCGGCUCACAUGGCGAGUAGCGGUCAGCUUCUAUGGCUCCUCUUACGGUAUGAAACGUGACAUGAUUUUGGUUGGGGAUUAAUGAAGGCCUACGUAAGUUAGGUGGUGAUGCAUCUACGGCGCCUAAGCACAUUUGAGGAUUACUUCAGUCCGAAAACCACGGCGGUUUUUUAUUAGGAUUUAGCGACGAGUUACGGAUAAGUGGUUUAGUUCAUGGGUUCGGGGGAAAAAAACAGUAAUGCGCUAGAUACCUAUCUUUGAAGAUAAAAGCGUUAAUUAAGAAGUAUGUCGAUAGGCAAUUGAGUCUCAACUGAUUUGUUUUUUUUUUUU